UUCAUAGUGUAGUUUCGACAUAACUGGCAUCCCGCCUUCGCCUGCCUGGCUUCGGAAUCGUUCACUUACAACUCAGAGGUCACGCUUAUCGACGGUCUCAUGCUGGUGCAUAUACAUUAAUAGUAUCGUAUCGGGGCGGGGAGGGGAAGGGCGAACCUCGCCAGUUGACAUCGACAUCUGGCGCGGACUCCAACGCGGUUUUCAACAGUGUCUUGUGCGGCGAUACAUACAUACCCUUAUAACAAGCCAAUAUGUCGGUCGUGGCUGCGCACAGAAGCAGCCUGGCGGUGCAACGUGCCCAGCCCGGUGCUGCACCCGCCGGCCCCACCCUGUCCGACCUUGUCCGUGUCCUGGACGUGGACACCCUCGCGGCCAUGUUCAACGGCCUCACGUUCAAGGAACUCGGACAAAUUCGCCUGGCCUGCAGGGCGCUGCGGGAGGCCUGCGCCAGCUUCGUUCGGCGCUUUGACGUACGCGUGAAUCACCGGACCGCCCAGAACUGGCGGCCAGGGCAGCGCUCGCCGCUGUCGCUGUUCCCCUGGUGCUCGGAGCUAAAGCUCAGCAUCAGCGUUGAAAAGCCCGACCCAUAUCGCGAUUGGCAGGCCGCAAACAGCGAUGACGACGACGACGAGCAGAUGUUUCGUUAUCCGGCCGAUAGUAACUACAGCCACCAUCACCUGGCGAGGCUGGCGCUAGCCGGCGUGAGGGCGGAGGCGCUCGCCCGCAUCCGGAAGCUCACCGUCUUCAACUUCUCCAUGACGUAUGGAAAUAUGGGAUUUGACCUGGCGGGCGUGUUGUGCGCGCUCGCGCCGCAGCUGCCGGCUCUGGAGGUCUUGGGAGUGUCCUACGCGUGGCAGCUCGCGGGAAUGAAGGCGGCUGACCGCGCGCGCCCCACCAUGAUUUACCAAGCUCUAGCGCAGCACUGCCCCCGGCUGCGCGAGCUGCGGCUGCCGGCGGCGCCCGGCAUGCUCCACGGCGUGGACGCGCUGGCGGCGUGCGGCGGGCUGACGGCGUUCGAGUCUUGGGAAAGUGCGCGGGGCCACGACGGCGCAAUCAUCCUGGGCGCGGCGGAGGUGGAGGCCUUAUCGCAGCUGACCCAGCUGCGCACCCUGAAGCUGCGCUGCCACGACCGCAGUGCCGGCGGCGCCCACCUGGUCGCGUUGCUGGGCGCCCGCCGCUGGCCGCAGCUGCAGGAGCUGAAGCUGGCGGCUUCGGUGCGGGUCACAGCCGCCGCCGGCGCCGCCGCCGCCCACCGGCGCCUACAGAUGCCGCAAAUAGAACUGACACUGCAGCCAGGUUCCGGGCGUGACAUCCAGGAGCUCUGGCUGCAGCCCUGCUGCACGGGCGAGUGCGGCCCGCUGGCGUUUGAGGCGGCUGCUAGGGUCCUGAUGGCGGCGGUGGACCUGGCGCCGCCGGACGCCCCACGCAGCCGCAUCCACAGCCUGCGGGUGGCUGGACUCCCGGUGACCAAGCACUCCUGCUCGGAGGCGGACGCCGUCAAGUGCCUGGAGCCGGCGGGGCACCUCGCGAGGCUGGCGGCGCGGUGCGGCCAGGUGCACGUCGAGCACCUAGACGCAAAGCGCGCCGUCAGCGUGUCGGCGCUGUGCGCUGUGUUGGGCGUGCUGGGCAUGCCAGCAUUACUGAAGCUGCAGCACGGCUUCUGGGUGGUCCGCCCCAGCCCGGCGCCGUCGGAGCCGCCGCCGCCGCUGCUGCCGCCGCGGCCGCGGGCCGGCGAUGAGCAGCUGCCGUCGCCGCUGCGGCUGGAGUCGGCCACGCCGGAGGCUGUGCUGCGGGAGGCAGUGGAGCGGCUGUGGCUGAUGGGGGUGGCGACGGUCGAGGCAGCGACAGCAGGAGCGGCGGAGGCAGGGCCGGCGGGCUUAGGGGCGGGACCUUCAGAGCCUGGGGCAAGGGUGGAGGCGGCGCCGGCCAUUUCUGCGGCGGCGCCGGCGGACCACGACCCAGCUGCUGCCUCUGCUGCUGCCGACGGCGCUGCAGCUGCCGCCGCCGGUGACGCUGUCGCUGACGUCGACCCUGGGGUGGCGGCGGCCUUUGACCGCACGGUGGUCCUUCUGCGAGGCGUGACGCCGCCGCCGCCCAAGGUGCCACGGGUCAACAGAUGGCAUCACGUGGACCCGGCGCCAGUGGCCGCGUGGCUGGAUGGGCUGGUCGGCGGCGGCCCCGCUGCGGCAGCUGUCGCCGCGGCGCCUGCGGGCGCGGGCGCGGGGGCCGGGGCCGAGGCGGGGGCGGGGGCAGCGGGGGUGGCCGAAGCGGGAGCGGCCGCGACAGCGGUGGCAGCAGGCGCGGCGGCGGCCGGCGAAGGAGCAGCGGCGGCCGGCGCGAGUCGCUUCCUGGAUCAGUCGAGGGACUACAAGAGCAUGCCGUGCGCGGGUGCAGUGAUGGUGCAGUGUGAAACACGCGAAGCGGCGGCAGCGCUGGUUGCGGCAGUGGCUGCGGCUGCCGCUGUCGCGGGCUCGGGCGGCAGCGCGGGCCGCACGGCGGAGGCGGCGCUCCUGCCGCACGGCGUGACUGAGCACGUCGCUGGCCCGCGCGCUGAUGAGUGCGUGGCCGUCAUGGACUGGGCGGUGAUGCGGGUGCUGCAGGAGCUGUGGGCCGGGCGGGCACAGGGCGAGCUGGCAGACGACCAGCCGGCCGCACCCAGCGGCCACCCGGGGCCCCUGAGCGGUGCGGACCUGCGCCUGCUGCAGCGGCUGUUGGACCUGGAUGCGGGGGUGUGUAAGCUGCAUCAGGGCGACAGCGCCUGAGGCUGCAGGCGACGCGGCGCGCGGAUGUGUACUUGUGUGCCAUUUAACCGUGAAUGGCAGAGAUGCAAGACGGGCGCCACUUGCGUGACACGAGGGUUAAGUAUCGGCCGUAUCCCAGUGUUGGUCUUGACAAAGGCUGUGGAGAAUGAGCACAUUACAGUGUGAGGGAGAGCGGAGUCAAGCUGGUGUGCGCAACUCGAUUGUCAGGCUAGCGGCAACGUCUGCACUAGUGCAAUUGUGUCGCCAGCACGAACGCCACCGUGCAGUACUGUACACUGUUGCAGGCUUAGUAAGGCCUGUGUGCCGUCUAAUUGGCGCUGGGACGCUGGUGCAUUACGUUUGAGAAGCUACAAGAGGGGGACAACCCUGAACGUGCAGUACGCAAUAACGGUGCAGUAGGUCCCAGGGCACGGUCCCAGGGGAACCCCUCGGUGCCAUGGAGGGAUGUCAAUGUUCCCAUUACAGCACCUUGUAUUGCCCCAAUGGAUACAUCAAGAGAGGCCCAAAUGUCGUCCGUAUUGGAGACAACCGU